AUGGCAGACGGUAACAGUUCAGAUGAAGACUUUUCCGACGAUUGGGUAUUGUACUCGCGCCGGCCGGAAUGGUCCGAUCUCGAACCGUUGCCACAGGACGAUGGCGAGAAUCCGGUCGUGAUGAUUCAGUACAGUGAGCGCUUUAACGAUGUGUUUGGAUAUCUGCGAGCGAUCAUUUCCCGACAGGAGAAAUCGCAGCGUGCCCUGGAGCUGACGAAGGACGCAGCCAAGCUUAAUGCAGCCAACUAUACCGUAUGGCAGUACCGUAGAGACAUACUGAAAGCGCUCAAUGCCGAUCUGUACGAGGAGUUGUCGUACAUUGGGCGAGUUAUUGCGGACAAUCCGAAAAAUUACCAAGUUUGGCAUCAUCGUCGUGUAAUCGUGGAAUGGUUAGAUGAUCCGUCAAGCGAGCUGGCGCUGACCGAAAACAUUCUAGACAUGGAUGCGAAGAACUAUCAUGCAUGGCAGCAUCGGCAGUGGGUCAUAAAAAAUUACAAUCUGUUCGACGAUGAGCUGCAUUACGUGGACCGGUUAAUAUCGGAGGAUAUGCGCAAUAAUUCCGCCUGGAACGAACGGUUUUUCGUACUUAAACAUGGCGGCUUUACACCGGAAGUGCUGGAGCGCGAGGUCAACUACGUUAUCACGCGUGUGGGUCUCAUCAAGAAUAACGAGAGCCCGUGGAAUUUUCUACGCGGGCUGUUACAGCAAGGCACCGGGAAGCUAGCUCAGUUCCCAAGCGUGAUCGAAUUUUGUGAGGCACUCUACAACGACGGCAUCCGGUCACCGUAUCUGCUGGCGUUCUUGGUGGAUCUGUACGAGGAGCAAUACUUUGAUGUGAUCGAGUCGGGUGGAAAUGAUGCUGAAGCCGAACUGUACCAUCAGAAGGUGCAGGAUUUGUGCGAGUCGAUGGCCAACCAGCACGACAAGAUACGCAGCAAGUACUGGCGAUACAUUGCCGAGAACUUCCGGCGGAAAGCGUCCGAACGGACAACGGCAGGCAGCGGAAGAAAUGGCGUUUAA